AUGGCUAGACAGAAAAUAGAAGUGUUGGAUGAAACGGAAACUCCUAUUCCAGGUGUUGCAGCCAAAUGUUAUCCUCAAGCAAGGCGUAACAUGCGAACCUUCGAGAAGGCGAAAAUAAAGUCGGAUCUGGGUUUCUAUUCGGUAUUAUCAAUGCCACAACUGGUCCGGAUACUCCAACGUAAAGAACAUCGCGACCUAAAAUGUAAAGAGGAUAACGAAGCUUCUUCAAACAGGUCCAAACGCCUUGUCAAGUUCCUUACUUCAAAGUCAAUCUCAGCUUUGCUUGGUCCUUCGAUGGCAAUGGACAAACCGCCCGCGCCUGCCUCACUCUUGCACUCAAGUGGCAGAUCGGCCUUCUUUGGCAUAAGCAAGAAUUCGUGUCACAACAACUCAAAUGAUAUGAACCAGCAAGGUUGGUCAUCAUCUGGUCAGUCUAUGAACCUUUUGUCUUCGGUCUACGAGGACAACAGAAUAGAAAUGCUUGCCCGCUGGUGUCCACAUCUUGCCCUACUGAUUGCCUGGUGGUCACAGUUACACGCAAUGGAAAAACUAGCCUCCAAAUCCAAACAAUGCAACUUGAUUGGCAAACUUGGGGUCUAA